AAUCAUUUGAACCAUUUGAAGGUCGUUCAAGGCCACAACGGAAAGCGCGGUUGAGUUCAAAUACCAGUGUCCCUGUACCAAAAAUAUUUACCAGCUGACUGAUGGCUCGAAAACGAACAAAGUGGGAACUAGUUCAUCAAUUUGUUCAUGAAGUCGUUGACUUCAGUUCUCAGUAUGGAUCAGAAAGUGGAACUGGAUUUACAGCGGCAAAUAUUGUUGGUCCGUGUCAAGUGUAUCCAAAUUAUUGUGAUUCCAACGCAACAGCGGCUUUUCGAACUUACGGUAAAUGGUGGCGUAAUAGUCCAAGUAGUUUAAAACCGAUCAAUUUAACGCCUGAUGAUAAUGAUAAUUAUACUAGUGAAGAUUAUGUUGAUUUAUACUUUGAUGUACCAGUAAUACCAGUGUGUUUACAAAUUUAUGAAACUUAUAAUCCAGGUGCUAUUGUACGCAUUUCAGCUUGUUAUAGACGUCAACCAGAAAAUAGUCCAGUUAAUAUGCGUAAACUUCAAUGGACUACUUUAUGGAAAAUAAAUUAUUCUAAUCAAGACAAAAAUCAAUUAGUUCAACUUCAGCACACCGAUGACGACGAUCAUUACCGUACACGGCAACAACAACAACCACCACUUCAGUUAACUUAUCAUUCUAAUAAUGUAUGCACUACUUUAGCUUGUCCAGAUGUUGUUAAUUGUAGGACACGAUCAAUAUCUAAUAUGUAUCCUGACAGAUGUCUACCUGCAUUACCAUAUGAUGAUGAAAAUGCAUUUACAGUUCAAUAUUCAGAAUAUCUCCCUCAAUCACGUAUUUUUCAACCAAAAUUGUCCAAUAUUCGACCAUAUCCAACAGAUUUAUUACGAAUUGAAUUUGAUAGUAGACGAUGUAGAUAUUAUACACAAAUUGAUGCUGUACGUUUAUCUGGUUGGGCUGAAUUAACGGAUACUACUAUAUCACGAUGGUCUGGACAACUUGAAGCCCCAUCAUCAUCAUCAUCAUUGUUAAUUGGUGUCAAUUCAGAUAGUGCAGAACAAUCAAAUAAUCGUUCACAAAAUACUUUAUCAUUCUUUUCUGAUUUAUUAAGACCAUGUACACCACGCUUAAGAGCAUCAUCAUAUGAUCUAACUGAUGAAUCGAUGGAUAUGUCGUUGUCAGAUGCUACGUUACCUGGAUUAUCACCAGAUCGAUUAGAUGAUAAGAAUAUUGAUGAGGAUAAAUCUUCUUCAUCAGCAUUAUUACCAAUCUGUAUUCGUCGUAAAUCUUCUGGUUUGAUUCAGAUACCACCAGUUGGAAUGAAUUUAUUAUUAUUACAAAGUAGAAAUUUAGUUGCAUUGCCACCAGGUACAAUUUGUCAGUCUUCAUUAUUUGGUUUGACUUAUUUAAAUGAGGAUGCAUUAUGGCGUCAUGGACCAUUAACUCGUUUACCGGUAAGUGGUAUACGUAUACAUGAGUUGCAUAGCAGCUGUUUGUAAAAGUCAUUUGUCAUACUGUUUACAUUAAACACGACUGAUUAAGCACUUAAUUUUACUUAGAUUAAUAUAACUUUUAAGAUAAAUCAAGAAUCGGUUUGUUUCGAUAGUGUAAUAAAAAAACGAAGAUGAUCAGAACUAUCUGAUGAUAGAUUAGCGCAAUACAUUUCGAACUAUCUGAUCACACACAUCUACUUGUUGAGAACAUUUAUAUAUAAAGAUAUAAACGGUCAACUAGACUGGAAAUGGAGGGUAAGAGCAGGUAAGGAUAAUAAAGAAACUAAUGUAAAGACAAUUCGAAACCCCAUCACUAUGGAUUGUUCGAAAUGUAUUGCGUUGAUAUAUAACAUGGUUCUGAUAAUCUUCAUCUUCUUAUUACACUAUCGGAAUUUAACAAAGGAACUAAUUGUUUGAAAUUGAUUUGUUUGACUAUUCAACACAGUAUUUAAUGCUCAACAGCUCACAUUCACAAUCUAGACAUAAGUUUCACCCAGAAUCUUCAGAUCUUUCGGCUAAUGUACACAGAGAGUUCACCUAGGGGAGUAGUAAAACCGUAACUCUUAAUCAAUAAUGCUUAUCGACGCUGAGAUCUUAGGUAAGUCAAUGUGUACAAGCCCAAUUUAGUCAUUGGAUAUCUUGGGAUUUCAUCUUCUGAUGUAACUUUGUUACCUUGUGGUUAAUACCUUUAAGUAAAAGGUUUUGGCUUUAACCUUCAUAAGAAAACUAUUUUCUUUGGUUUGGGAGACAGAAAAGUAUCACAGCAUUCACAUACAAAUGAUGUUGACCACUAAUGAAACAAAUAAGGUACUUAGAUAAAUCCUGCUAUGCUUUUAUUCACAAACAGGUUUCAAACCACUGGACAUCUUGUUAUCAAGCUUGUUGGAACUUAGAUAUUGAGCUCUAACAGAAUAUGGCUAAAUGCCAACGAAGUAUCGACAUUCAUCGAAUUAUUAUGAAACAUCUUUCCUUGAAAUGAUAAACAAACAACUGAUCACACUUUAGGAUUCAUUAAAAGAAUAUUUUGUCUUACAUCAGUUUGCUCUGAAAGAUUACUUUUGAUAGUAAUGUUGUCUUGCAUCAUGAUAUAGUGAGGUGUGUCACACGCAGUCUUCUAGAUUAUACUUUCACCUCUUGUUCCAUUCUAAAAUAUCUGAUAUUAAGAAAGUUUGCUAAUGUGUAAACACAGGGAGCUGGAUAACCACUCAAUCCCUUUGAAUGUCAUGUUGUUAACUUUCACCUAAGAUAUGAGAUAGUACCUGAAUAUCCACAUGGGGAGGAGGUCGCAUGACUUUUGUACUAUUUCAAAUAUCAUUUAUCAUAGUAUUAGGUUUACUUCUGAUCUCUAUUAAUCUUUCCACAUUUUAUUAAGAUCAAUGAAAAGAUUUUCAUUCAAUUUAUUAUAUAAAUGAGAUUACAUUAUAUUUUGACAUGACUUGGCAACCUUACUCUUUAUGGAUUGUAGAUUCCUGUACCAUUCUCUUUCUCUGUUAUUUCGUUUGGACUUAUAUGAAAAAAAUAACUUGUAUUCCAUAGAGUAUUUGAAUUCAAUUCAGUCUAAAAAGUAAGCACUAAAUACUUUUACAUCAUUAUGCGUAAACAUUUAAUAUCUUGCAAAAAACAUACUGGAAAGUAUUAUUCUAUCUAAGUACAAACUAUUCAUUCCAUUGUAAGAUGUUGUAUUAGUUAAAAGUUGUUAUUAUUAUUAUUAUCUUUGUUGGGAUAUUCAGGAAAAUAUCCCGAAAAUUAUCCUGUUAAGCCUAAUGGUAUCCUUGGACAUGAAAUGGUAUCAUCUUAUUGGUCAAUAUUUAUUUAACGUGUUAUUUUCCUGUUGGCCAUUAUUGUACAAUGUUAUUUUCUAUUUUGUGGUACGUUGUGGUCUGCUUGACUGGUAUAUAAACAAAGUAUGUUUGAAAUAUAGGGAUUCAUACCUCCGAGGCUGUGACAAUCUUCUAUAAUCGUGGGGUUUUUUUUUGGUUACAUAAUUAUAAAUUAUUAAAAAUUUUAUUUUAUGAAUUUUUCUCUUGACAACAACAUCUACAAUAACAUCAAGUAUGAAAUUCUACUUCAUAUUUUCUCUUAUUUGGGUUUAAGAAGUUUACUUCGUUGUGCAUGUGUAUCUCGGUAAGUGAAUGUUAUAGUAGUUGUGUGAUUUAUACAAUUUUUUUGUAUUUUUGUCUUGUAUUAUUAUUAUUAUUAUUUUAACACAUAGAUAUUGGUACAAGGAGGCACCAAAUACAUAUGCGCCACACAAAUCUCAUUCGAUAUGUGUGAGGGCUGUGAUAUUGCCCGGGUGCCCAAACCGAAGCAGGUGGUUUUCUUAGGGGGUCACACCCGGAGCCUUCGACAUGAAGGUCUGAUCCAUAAGGCAGUGGGGCAUCGUAAGGAGAUGCAGUCUUAUGGUUCAUACGCCAUUUGUUCCCGUAGGAUACUGGAGCCCAUGUGCACCAUUGGUUUGGAAUCCUGUUAAAGCUCCGGACAUUCGCUUUUCGUCCUCUCAUUUUCGUAAACAACACCCAUGCCACGAGAAGGCAGUGAGUAGGACUUCCCUGGCAGAAGCUAUAUACGCGUGGCCAUAUGAGAGCAUUUGGAGAGGGAGAGCGGACUCUCCUAACUCUCGGCCGUACCAGGGCAUUUGGGGACCUUUGUCUUGUAUAUAUAUGAGUUAUAUCAUAUCUUUUAAGAGUUUUCAUUCUAAUCAACAUGAAAAUAUAAGUAAAUAUACAAGUUAUUCUGUGUGGGGUGAGUGGGGAGAGUUUGAUCACCUUCUCGAAAUGCUCUCACAUGGCCACGUGUAUACAACCACUGCCAGAGAAGUCUUACUCGGGGCGGGGAUGUUGUUUACAAAAUUGAGUGAACGAAAAGUGAAUGUCUGGUGCUUUAACUAUGUUUGUGGAUACAGAGGAUUCACCUAAGGGAUUGGUAAACCCUGAAUCCAAACCAAUAGUACACAUAAACUGCAUGAUUCUGAGGGAGCAAAUGGCAUAUGAACCAAUUGUUGACCACUGGCUACCAUGGGACUGCAUCUCCUUUACGUUAUUCCACUGUCUUGUAGGUCAGAUUUUUAUGUCGAAGGCUCCGAGUGUGGCCACCACCUGCUUCCGCCUGGGCUUGAACUUUAAUGUUGGACGAAGUUCAACAAUGAAUUGAUUCAUAGACAAAAGAAUAGAACUGUAUUACACUUGAAUAAAGUAUUUAACAUUCAAAUAAUAAUCUUCAAUCAAAUGUAUACACUUAAAAUAAAUCAGUUGUCUAUUUUAAUAACCUAUUGGCUCAUUCAAUAAAAAACAAAGAGAAUUCACUGAAGAGAAUUUUCUUUUUCAAAGAAAUCAUUUACUUCAGUUGUGUAUAGAUACUUAUUUAAUUUCACAGAAAAGGGUUUUCGUGAAUAUUAUAGUAUUUUAAUAGUUGAUUUCAUGAAUCAAUUAAAGCUAGACUACUAUGGAAAACCUGGAAGCACUAGACAACUAUCCCAUCCUAAUAUGGGACUCUUCAGCAGUGGGCAUCCACAAUCCUGCCCCGCAGAAUUCGAACCUAGGACCUUAUUUAAUUUAUUUUUUAUUAUAAUUACAUCAUUCAUUUUAAUCAAUUUCUGAAUAAUUACUGUUUCACCUUGAUUAUACCUUUUUCAAUGACCUUACUACAUCGUACUGAUAAUCUUCAUCACUUCAAUUAUGCACUGACCAUUGUUGUUUAUUUAAACUUAUUAUACAAUUGAAUAUAAAUAAGAUUAUAAAGUAAGAAUGAAUGAAUAUUAUUCUAAAUCAAUUGUUGUCAUUGUUCCAUUGAAAUUCAUUUGAAAAAAAGGGAAUUAACCUUAUGAAGAAUUAUAGAUUGAUAGUAUUAACGUUUAAGUAUAAUGCACUAAUAUUGGAUAGCAGUGGAAUCCAGUCUGACGCGCGUUUCGUCCUAUUUGGGACUUGUCAGCUAGAUGUACCUGUAUCUUAGAGUUGAUGUUCACUCUGGAACUCGAACGCAGUACCGUUCGCUUUAAACGUUAUCGAGUUAUCCACUUAGCUACUAAGUCCUGAUAGCCACUUGCUUUUGCAAUGGGUUGGAGUUUAAAUUCAGUUGGUAUUGUUUGUUUGAAUCUUCCCAUUGUUAUUUAAGACUGCAAUUGAUCAGUCUCAUGUGGACGAGUCUCAAAUAGGGAGAAACGUGCGUCCUGGAUUCCACUGCUAGCCACUGUCCAUCUCUGCUUAAAAAGCUUAUGACUUAUGGCUAUAUCGAGGCAAUCCGCACACGAUGCAUAUAUACCAACAAAAGACUGACCAAUUGCAAUCCUAAAUAACAAUGGAAAGAUAUGAAUAAAACAACACCAAAUGAGUAUGAACUUAGCUUUAAAGUUUAAGCACAUAUAAUCAACUUUUCGGCGAGAUUAUAAUGUAUUGACGAACCAAUCAGAUUUACGAUAACAGUUCUUGGAUUUCGGCGCAAAAUUCACUCAUCCAUUUGGUUAAAUAGCGUCUUAACAUUCUAACUGAUAUCAGUUCGUGAUAAAAAAAUCCCUAAAUCUAAUUGCUAUCCCUAUCCAUCAACUGUAAAUCACUAUCCUUAUCCUUCACACAGGUUUAAGACCUUCAUUUAGCCCUAGUCGUUAGGUGGACAUCCUCAAGGUCACUUUAGCGUCACUCAAAGGUCGUCCAUAGAAUUCUCAUCUUACCAACUAUUCUAGUUGAAAUUAAUGAAUUCAAAUUUAUAUCGGUGUAACAAUCAACACCUUUGAACAUGGAAUUGUAUUCUUAUGUUCGUUUAUUAGUUGAUGAAUUUCUUCAUAAAAUAAAAUACAAACAUUUUUUUCUUCUUUUAUUUCAUUCUUUUUCUUGUUUUAUUACAUACAGUCAAUUCCGUUGUCUAGUUAAAGAUACACUGGCCAAUAUGACUAGUAUAGAUCUUCAAUCAUUUUGGCCAAUAUUAAAUGAUUCAACAUUAAUUAGUUUAGGUAAACGUCUUGGUCAAGUUAAUUUGACUGCAAGAGCAGUUGUUGAAUAUUAUACAACGGGUCAAUCGUUAGUUGCACCAAUUACUUUAUUACGUCGUCAAUGUAGAGAAGAAGAACAAGAAGAAGUGAAUAAUGAUGAGAUUGAAAAUCAAUAUGUAGCUAAUCAACAGCACAAUUUAAGUACACGUUUCAAUUACCGUACUAAAACAUAUGUACAUACACCAUUUGCUGCACGAGUACGUAGUUAUAGUUCGAAUGCUGCUGCACGUUUACGUAAUCAUACUAGGUUAUUGGAUUCCAUUUCUUCCAAUAUACAAAAUAUAUUAGUGUAUAAUAAUAAAGAUUUUUCUGAAAAUGAAAAUGAUACUGUAAAUCAAAAUUUGAAUGUUAAAAUAUCCGAUAGUUCAGUAGAAGCAUUACAAGUACAAACAGAUGAAUUAAAUCAAGGUGAUUAUUUUGAAUUGCCAAAUUCUCAUUUACGACGUUUAGAUAUGUCGUGGUGUGGAAACUAUUCUAUGAUAUCACCAACAGCAUUUGGUCAUUUCCUCACUGAUGCUUGUCGUUAUUUAACUACAUUACGUUUGUCUAGUUGUAAAUUUCUUAACGAUGACUGCUUGUUACAUAUUGUCAAUACUUGUCCAUAUAUAAAAGAACUUGAUUUAUCAUCAUGUCUUGGUAUUACAUCAUAUGGUUUCUUAACAUUGGGUCGAUUAAUUCACUUACAAUGGAUAUCACUAUAUCGAACACAUAUUACUGAUAAUGGUUUAGCGAUAUUAGCUGAAUUAUGUCAAUAUUUAAAGCAUGUGAAUCUUGGUUCAUGCAUAUAUGUUAAUGACAUGGAUCAUAUAUUGCAUGAUCUGACAAGAAAUAAUCCAAAUUUACGUUCAUUAAACUUAUGGCGAUCCAACAGUUUGACUGCUACAGGACUAUCAUCUAUAUCAGAACAUUGUUUACAAUUAGAAGAAUUAGACAUCGGUUGGUGUCGUAAUGUAGUUCUAACACAAGAAUCAAAUUGUAUUGUACAAUUAACUAGUCGUGUUCGACAUUUAAAAAAAUUAUUCUUAACCGGAACAAACCUUCUCAAUUCGGAAGAACUUCUGUUAAUUAGUCAAUAUUUAAAUGAAACUUUAGAACAAUUAGAUAUACAUGGUUCAACAAAUAUUACAACUUCUGCUAUUGUUUCUAUGCUUAAUCAAUGUGAAAAAUUGAAAUUAUUAGAUGUAUCAUUUUGUUCAGAAAUUCAUUCAAUUCAUUUAAUUAAAUUAAGAUAUUUAUUUCCAUAUUGUACAAUCAUUGAUUCAAUACCAGAUAUGAAUGCAGAAAUAUUAGGUAAUCAAUUCCCUGAAAUGAUUAUUGAUGAAGUUGUUGAUGAUGAUGACGAUGAUGACAAUAUUAUAGAAAAUCAAGAACCAUUAGUAGCAUUACCUGCACCAAAUCCAUUACAACAAGAUAUUAUUGCUUAUCAUUAUUAGAUUCAAUUAGUUUGUUUGUUUGUUCAUGUGUGUGUGUGUGUAAAGAGUAACACUUUGUUCAACAAUGCAAAUGAAUCCAAUGUAUUCGAAUCGAUUUACUUUCCAUAUAUAAAAACAGUUUUAUUUUACUUUUUUGUUUAUGUUUUCUCUUUGUUUUUCUUUUGUUUAUAUUAUUUUAAUUUGUAUAUUUUAUUUUCAAAAUUCCACCGCUUUAUUUCGUUGUGCAUUUAUGUGUUGUGAAUGAAUAAAUUGAAAAGAGUAAAUAACCACUAUGUAAAUUGAUCAUUGUAUUGUUUGUAUUAUUAUAGAUUUUAGUUGUAGUUUUAGGACUUAUCUGCUUCAAUACCUGAACUAACGAUAGGGAGUGAAGUAAUCGAACGCGUUGACAACUUCACUUAUCUUGGAAGUCUGAUCAGCCCCAAUGGAUUGGCGUCUCACGAAAUCUCAUUACGGAUUCGAAAAGCUCGCUUGGCUUUUGCUCACUUACGUCACCUAUGGUGAAGGUGACAUAUCUGUCUACCAAUAAAAGGACGAGUAUACUGCGCGGCAGUCCGUUCUGUUUUAAUCUACGGCAGCGAAACAUGGUCAUUAAGAGUUGAAGAUACUUGUAAGCUAUUAGUAUUUGAUCACAGAUGUCUUAGAAAUAUUGCUGGCGUGGUAAAUCAGUUGAUGAGGUUGUGAAUCUUCAUCGACUGAGAUGGUUGGGCCACGUGCUUCGUAUGCCUGAACACCGAUUACCACGACGUACAAUGCUAACCGGUGUUCGGGAUGGUUGGAAGAAAGGGGCGGCCAAACCAAAACAUGGCAUCAGUGCUUGAAGUCACUAACUUCUAGUAGGUUGUUGCUAAUAGUGUCUGACCAACGGAUCCAAAGUAUUUUAUGUAGACAGUUGUUAAUAAACACCUGUAUCUUCUGGAUGAUGGCUUUCGUAGUUCUCCAGGUUUCCGCCACAUACAGUAGAACUGUGUUGACAUUUGUAUUGAAAAUCCUGGCCUUUGUGUUAGUUGACAGCUGUUUUGAGUUCCAGAUGUUCUUCAUUUGUAAAUAUGCUGCUCUUGCUUUGCCGAUCCGCGCCUUCACGUCUGCAUCAGACCCUCCGUGUCCAUCAGUGAUGCUGCUCAGAUGUGUAAAGGUUUUUACAUCUUCCAAAUCUGCUCCAUCAAGUGUGAUUCGAUUGUGAAAUGCUGUGUUGUAUCGUAGAAUUUUGUUUUUCCUUUUGUGUAUUUGAACUACUAAAUCAUAAGUAUGGAUUGUAUCUUAGUGUAUUUAACAAUCUUUUGUAGUGAACUGAUCUAUGGUCGGUUAUUUCAAUCGAUUGAUGAUUCUUAGCCGCACCAUGUAUCCUAUUUUCGUUAUACGUAAUUUGUUUAAUGAUAAUUCCCAAAGUUCGACUCAUGAAUGGAUAAUGAGUAACGUGCGAACCACAGUUGGACCGAUAAUUUAGUUUUAUGAUACGAGUAAGGAUAUCUUCGUAAGAUUUCGAAACGUGGAAAUCGUGAUUUUGACUUAUUCACUGUCUAUAUCAACUAACAAAACGUAGAGACUCGGAAAGUCAUUACUCGAAGAAUAAGUACAAGUUACGGUGAGACUUACUGUAUUCUAUACGCUUAUCUCGUUGACGAAGAAUCUUCAAUGAGUCAAUAAUUUAUGGACGACCUCUGAGCGACACUUGAGUACCUGCCUAGUAACUAGGACCAAAUGAGGUUUAUAAACCAGUGUGAGGAAUCAGAAUUACGGCUUGCAGUUGAUGGUUAAGGUUAGGGAUUGGAUUUAGGGUUCUCAUCAAAAACUGACAUCAUCUAUAAUCCCAAAAGACCUGGUAUCUUAUACCUGAUUGGUUUUCCCAUAAAUUAGUCUCGCCCAAGUUAUCUAAUAGCUAAAAUUUCGAUUAUUUGCAAUUACUGAUUACAUUGAUAAAUUUACCUGCGAACUAACAGACAAAAGUGCACUUUCAUUCUGUAAAAGACUUUCCCUGGUAUUGAAAGUAGUGUAAAGCCUCCAUAGUUUUCACAUUUGCUCAGAUCUCCUUUCUUUGGAAUCCUGAUGAAGUGUCCUUCUUUCCAGUCCAUCGGCACUUGUUCCUCUUCCCAAAUCAGAAGGCAAAGCAUGUUUGUAGUUACUUCGAUGCCUGACCACAGUGCUUCAGCUGGUAUGUUGUCGGGUCUUGCUGCUUUACCGCUCUUGAUUUGUCUGAUGGCCAUUUUGAUUUCUUCCGUCGUUGGUGCAUUGACAUCUAUAGGGAGAUCUGUGUGUGCUGCUCCGAUGUCCGGUGAUUCAUUGGAGCCGGCCUAUUCAGGAGUUCCUCGAAGUACUCUACCUAUCUGUUCCUCUGUUCUUGAAUUUCAGUGAUUGACCUGCCUUCUUUGUCCUUGAUAAGUCUCUCUGGUUUACUAUAUUUCCCUGCUAGUUUCUUCGUUGUAUCGUAAAGCUGUUUCAUAUUUCCUACUCUUGCAGUUUUUUCCGCUGUCGUUGCCAGUUCUUCCACGUAUUUCUUCUUGUCGGUUCUAAUGCUCCUCUUCACUUGCCUGUUUGCUUCUGUGUAUUCAGCUUGUGCUUGGACCUUCUCUGCUCGUGUUCGGCUGUUGUUUAUUGCUAUCUUCUUGUUCUUCCUUUCUUUGAUCUUGUCCAGUGUUUCCUUAUGAUGGUAUUUCUUUAGACCCAGAACCUCUUGACACGUUGAAGUUAAUGCUUCCUUGAUGCCUUUCCAGUUGUCCUCCAUACUAGUUUCUUCUUCUUUCAGAUCUUGUAAGGCUUGGAACCU